AUGGCCAAGAAAAUUUCUGAAUUGGCAAUCUGUUUGAUCUUCCUCCUCCUAAUUGUUUUGGGCAUUAACAUUGCUUUGCUGGUUCUUCUGAUACAAGAUGUCCCCUUUACUCCAGAAUGUCCGGAUACUAACCUGUCAGAAAGGAUAAAUUGUAUUCCAGACAAGUUGGCAACAGAGGCACUCUGCCACCGCCGCCAGUGUUGCUGGAACCCUUCAGGAAACAGCAGGGCCCCCUCCUGCUUCUUCCCCAGGAAUGGGGGCUAUAAAGUCACAGUCACAAACACAGACAAAAACUUGACAGAAUUGAGAAGAUUGCCAUCCCCAUCUCUAUUUGGAAAUGACAUCAUUGAUGUUCUCCUCACAAAAGAAUACCAGACACCUAAUCGCUUUCACUUUAAGAUCACUGAUCCUAAAAGGAAUCGGUUUGAAGUCCCCCAUGAACAUGUUCAAUCAUCAAAUCAAGAUUCAUUCUCCAAUUUUAACUAUAAGGUAGAAGUCACAGAAAAUCCCUUCAGCAUCAAAAUAAGAAGGACCGAGAACAACAAAGUCCUCUUCGACACAAGCAUUGGGCCCCUCCAGUAUGCUGAGCAGUACCUGCAGCUCUCUGUCCGACUGCCCAGUCACAAUGUGUAUGGAUUUGGGGAGCAUGUGCACCAGCAGUACCUUCAUAAUAUGAACUGGAAGACUUGGCCCAUCUUCACUAGGGAUGCCAUUCCUAAUGCUAACAUGACUAACUUGUAUGGUGCUCAGACAUUCUUCUUAUGUCUUGAAGACAACAGUGGUUUUUCAUUUGGAGUUUUCCUAAUGAACAGUAAUGCCAUGGAGGUUGCCCUUCAGCCUGCCCCUGCAGUUACUUACCGUGUAAUUGGUGGGAUUCUUGACUUCUACGUGUUCUUGGGAAAUAAUCCAGAGCAAGUUGUUCAGGAAUACUUGAAGCUCAUUGGAUUACCCUUCUUGCCCCCUUACUGGAGUCUUGGCUUCCAGCUAAGUCGUAGGGAUUAUGGAGGCAUUGAAGGACUGAAAUCUGUUGUCAACAGAACACGUGCUGUUAAGAUACCUUAUGAUGUCCAGUACUCUGACAUAGACUACAUGGAUAAGAAGAAGGUCUUUACUUAUGAUAAAGAUAAUUUCAAAGGCCUUGACAACUUUACUAAAGAAUUGCAUGAAAAGGGGCAGAAAUAUGUCAUUAUUCUGAUUCCUGGCAUCUCCAAAACCCUUUCGUAUGGUCCCUAUGAGAAUGGAAGCAAAAUGAACAUCUGGGUUGCUGGAACUACUGGGCCCGUCGUUGGGGAGGUAUGGCAAGAACCUACUGUUUUCCCUGAUUACACCAACCCACAAGGCAUUGAGUGGUGGAUUGAUGAGUUGGAAUUGUUUCAUAAAAAACUGAAUUUUGAUGGCGUCUGGAUUGAUAUGAAUGAAGUGUCCAACUUUUUAAAUGAUAAAUUACAAUGUGAAAAUAAUUACUUGAAUAAGCCAGAAUUUAUUCCCGGAAUCUUGGAUAGACAACUGUUUGCACAGACUCUCUGCAUGGAUGCAGAGCAUUACUGGGGUCUGCACUAUGAUGUUCACAGUUUAUAUGGCUACUCUAUGACAAUUGCAACAGCAAAUGCCAUGAAGAAAAUUUUUUCUAAUAAAAGAAGUUUCAUCUUGACUCGAUCAACCUUUGCUGGGUCAGGCAAAUUUGCAGCUCACUGGCUAGGGGAUAAUGAAGCCACUUGGAAGGAUCUCCAAUGGUCCAUUCCCAGCAUUCUUGAGUUCAACCUUUUUGGUAUCCCCAUGGUGGGCGCAAACAUCUGUGGCUUCGCCUCCAACGCCACGGAGGAGCUGUGCAGGCGCUGGAUGCAGCUGGGAGCCUUCUAUCCGUUUUCCAGAAAUCACAACGGCGCCGGUUUCACGGACCAAGAUCCUGCUGCUUUUGGAAUAAACUCCAUGCUUUUGGAUUCUUCCAGAUACUACUUGAAUAUCCGCUACAGACUUUUGCCUUACCUGUACACCCUUUUCUAUAAAGCUCAUAACCAAGGAAACACUGUGGCCCGGCCUCUUGUCCAUGAGUUCUACCAGGACGCAGAGACAUGGAGCAUACAUCAGCAAUUCCUUUGGGGUCCUGGCUUGCUCAUCACACCAGUUCUACAUUCAGGUGUGGACCGAGUGAAGGCAUACAUCCCUGAUGCCAUCUGGUAUAACUAUGAGACAAAUGUAGCUAUUCCAGAGAGAAAGAAAUGGAUGGAGAUGCUUCUUCCUGGGGACAAGAUAGGACUACACCUUCGAGGGGGCUACAUCUUCCCCACACAGGAGCCAGCUGAGACCACAGAAGCCAGUCGUAAAAAUCCUUUGGGAUUCAUCAUUGCCCUGGAUGACAAAAAAGAAGCAAAGGGAGAGCUGUUUUGGGAUGAUGGUGAAACAAUGGAAUAUAAGGAGAAAGAACAAUUUUUUUUUGCAAAGUUUAAUGUGAUUCAGGAUGUCUUGAAAAUCAUCAUUAGUCACAACUUUUACUUGAAUGAAACAAAUACUCUAAAAGUUGGAAAGAUUGAAAUUUGGGGAAUAAAUUAUGACAUUAUAACUCAGGUCAACAUUACCUAUUCCAAUGGGACUUCUGUGGAAACUAACUUUAGCAGUGACCCAUCAAAACAGAUACUAACCAUUCACUUGACUAACAAGAUGAUCAGCCUGGAAGAACUAUCUCAAGUUACUUGGAGGGGUAAUAGUCAUGUGACUACUACUUCAAGUGACAUCCCAACAACUACUACUGAUUUUUCUCUGACUACUUCUACCAGAAGUCAUACUAUAUUUACUACUUCACUUGCUACUAGUAUUGCUGGUGUAUUUACUACUAGUGCACCAGAUAUUUUCCCGACAAGUAUUUCAUCUACCACUCAUUACCCAACAGAAAUAACUUCAAACACCAUGGAUAUUAGUACUAUGUCUGCUCCUCCUAUUACUACUGCUGCUUUUAGUACUAAUACUGCUAUAAUUCCAAGCACUUUCCCAACAAGUAUUUCAUUCCCCACUGAUGCAAUUACUCAUAAUAUUACAGAUACAAUUCUAAGUACCACUACUAGUGGUACUAGUGCUGCUCCCCCUUCUUCUAAUCCAGUUACCAUGAGCAAUACUAGUAUUAGUACUGAUAUUGCUGGUGAUAUUACUAGUAGUACUCCAAGUUCCUUUCAAACAAAUGUUUCAUCCACCACUGAUGCAAUUACUCAUUACACUACAGACACAAUUCUAAGUACCACUACUAGUGGAACUAGUGCUGCUCUCCCUCCUAAUCCAGUCACCAUGAGCAAUAGUAGUAUUAGUACUGCUAGUACUAAUGGUAUUAGCACUAAUAGUACUACUGCUCCAAGUACUUUUCCAAUGAAUAUUUCAUCCACCACUGAUGCAAAUACUCAUUUCACUACAGACACAAUUCUAAGCACCACUACCAGUGGUACUAGUGCUGUUCCCCCUCCUAGUCCAGUUACCAUGAGCAAUAGUAGUAUUAGUACUGCUAGUACUAAUGGUACUAGCACUAAUAGUACUACUGCUCCAAGUACUUUUCCAAUGAAUAUUUCAUCCACCACUGAUGCAAAUACUCAUUUCACUACAGACACAAUUCUAAGCACCACUACUAGUGGUACUAGUGCUGUUCCCCCUCCUAUACUUUUCCAAUGAAUAUUUCAUCCACCACUGAUGCAAAUACUCAUUUCACUACAGACACAAUUCUAAGCA